UUCAAUACAGCAGGAUCAGGAGUGUCUCUUAGCAACACGCCACUGAACAGUCAUGUAUUAAAACGACUGUAAAACUAUACAUGAGUAUAAUUUAAAGGCUUUAAAAUGACAUAACAGAAUACUGUAGGUAGUGUAGUUCUGCCAUCAGUGUUUUAUUAGUCUAUUCAUUUAUUGACUCAAGAGCAAAGCCUUUCACCCACGCCCACUGCAUUGUUCCCACUUAACUCCUCCCACUUCCACUUCUUCUCACAGUCAGAAUUUUUAGCUUUCACAGCACUUUAGUUUUCAUUCAUCAGUUCAUGUAUUGGAGGGUGAGAAUGGUUGUGUUUCUCGGCUGGACUCUGCUCUCUGUGUGCCUGCUGGUUUCUGCCUCGCAAGCCCAGAAAAACAUCACAGCUGAGUCUGGACAGAAUGUCACGCUGACAUGUCGAGCUCCAGGCAACAUCCAGACUGUGGAGUGGAGCAGAGCUGACCUGGGAGAGAAAUAUGUUUUUUUGUAUCGGGAUGGGAGGGAAACUUUAGUGCACCAACAUCCAUCUUUUAAGGACCGGGUGGAUCUACAGGACAAACAGAUGAAGGAUGGAAACGUGUCCUUGAUUCUGAAGAAUGUGACGAUUAAUGACACUGGAACAUACGAGUGUCGUGUAAAGGCAAACAAAAAAAGACGCAGGAAGAGAGCUAAUCUGAAUGCUCCCCCCAUCAGCAUCAUCUACCUUCAUGUUGAUCCUCCAGGAUCUGUUGGACUGAUCGUUGGUGUGGUAGUUGCUGCUGUCCUCAUCAUUGCUGCUUUUGUUGGGUUUGUGAUCUACAGGAAGCAUAAAGGAGAAAAGAUUCAGGGUUCACACUAACCUACCGAUGAUCUGCAGCACAUCUAAGUGUCUCAGACCUCUGAACAGCUCCUGCUGCUGUCCCAACUUCCAAGUGAUAUUAGUGAACAGGGGGACAGACAGCAGGGACCUCACAAAGAAAUUAAUUAUGAAGUUUCACAUUGAAAAAGUUAUUCUGUCUUAUCUCGGGGUAUGGAGACAAUGUUAAGUCUUUGUGAGGAAUGCAGAGUAAAGAAAUUCUAAAAGAAAACAGAAUUCUGCUGAUUUAACAGUUAUUGUGUUAUUUGCUGCUUCCAGCUUACACAGUACUUCAACUUCAACUUUAUUUAUUUAUAAAGCACUUUAAAACAACCACAGUUGACACAAAGUGCUGUACAUUAGAACUGUUAAAUAAAAUAACAUUAGAUAUAAGUGAAAACCAAAUAAAAGAAGAGUGAAAUCAUUAAUUAAAUAACUACUUCAAUUAAAAGAAAAACUAAGUCUCACUGAGGUUAAAAGCCAAGAAUAAAAGUGAGUUUUAAGACGCGAUUUAAAAGUGGACAGUGAAGAGGGCCUCUCUAACGUGUAUGGGCAAAUUAUUCCAUAAUUUUGGAGCCACAAUAGAGAAGGCCCUGUCCCCUCUGAGCUUCCUCUUGGAUCUCGGUACCUCCAGGAGCAGCUGGUCAGCUGACCUGAGAGACCGACAGGGUGUGUGGAGAUGAAGAAGCUCAGAGAGGUAAGGCGGGGCAAAACUGUGAAGGCAUUUAAAAACAAACAUGAAAAUUCUAAAAUGAACUCUAAAAGACAGCCAGUGCAGAGAGGCUAGCACGGGGGUUAUAUGCUCUCUUUUUCGAGUUCCUGUUAGGAGUCGUGCAGCUGCAUUUUGAAUCAGCUGCAGACGUGAGAGCAAUGACUGACUGGCCCCCACAUAAAGUGAGUUACAGUAGUCCAGGCGGGAAGAAAUAAAUGCAUGGAUCACUGUUUCAAGGUGCUGCCUCGAAAGAAAAGAUUUUACUCUUGCCAGUCACCUUAAAUGAUAAAAACUGGACUUCACCACUGCUCUGAUUUGGUUGUCCAAUUUAAAAUCACUGUCCAACUUGAAACCAAGGUCAGUAACAACAGGUUUAAAAUAGACUUCCAGGGAUCCUAAAACAUCAGAGGAGGACUCACAGGGACCACUGGGUCCAAACACCAACACUUCUAUUUUCUUUUCGUUAAAAUUUAAAAAGUUCAGAGCCAACCAAGCUUUAAUAUCAUCUAGACAUGUCAAGAGAGGUUUUAUGGAGAUGCCAUCCUUGUGCUUUAGUGACAAAUAAAUUUGGCAGUCAUCGGCAUAACAAUGAAAUGAGAUCCCAUGCCUUCUGAGGAUAGAACCCAGAGGCAAUAGAUACAGUAAAAAGAGCAGUGGCCCUAAAAUUGAGCCCUGUGGGACGCCGCAUGACAGAUGAGCAGAAGACGAUUCGUAACCGAGAAGGCUGACAGAGAAAGUUCUAUUUGACAAAUAAGACCUAAACCAAUUAAGUGCAGUGCCACCAAUACCCACUACAUCAUGUAAUCGAGAAAUUAGAAUAUUGUGGUCUACGGUGUCAAAGGCAGCAGUUAGGUCAAGCAAGACAAGAACAACAUGGUUACCACAAUCGCAUGCCAGAAGGAUGUCAUUAAAAACCCUUAAUAAUGCACAUUCUGUGCUUUGAAGAGUUUUAAAACCUGAUUGAAAAACCUCAAAGAUGCCAUUAUCAUCUAGAAAAUCUUUCUAGUAAAUCUAGUAAAAUUAGACUUGCUCAUAAAUUCCAAUUUUUUAAGAAAAGUGGUGCUUCUGUUUUUUACUAAUCUUAUUGCUGCAGAUUAGUGUCUCAAAAUUUAACUCAGCACUUUAUCAGGCUUUAACACAGCCUGAUAAAGGAUAUGUGGAAAUUGCUUUAGUUUGUCAGUAGAUCAAGUGUGAAGUGAAAUUAAUUUGACUGAUUCAACGGUCAUUCUUGGAGGUUGUUCAGCAGCGUAAAUGUGACCUAAAAGGAGACCAGAAUCAAAUGUAAAAACAUUUAUACAUACAUGCACAUAUACAUCAUGCACACUCAUGUGAAAAUGUGAUGCUCAGUUUUCACGGCUGUAACCUUCGAGCUAUGCUUGAUUUAUGCUUAUUUAUGCACAUGUUAAAUGUAUUCCCACAUGAAUCUAUGUUGGCCUUCAGCAAAUGUUACCAUGUUGAGUAAGGUAAAAUCAGAGCUGUUUUCCUGAUACUUUAAACUGUGGCUGUAAGCUUGACACAACUUGCUAAGUCAUUAAUCCCACUUUUGAACUUUAUUCAUUGCCAUUGUACAGUUGCCUGCACAGAGGAAUUAGCUAGCAAGACCACAAAGGUGCAAAACCCCCAAUGUCCAAACAUAAUAUAAUAAAUAAGGGUGGAAGGGGCUUUGGUCAUUAUAUUUCUAAUCUUUAUUUAUGGUACACUAAACAUCUGAAACACAAUCAUGUUUAAUUCCUGUGGAAAUCAAAUAAAAGAACAAUUUCAACAAUAGUGAUAAUGUUAAAACAAGAGAUUGAGGAAAUUUCAGUGGAAGUUUGAAACAGGUGUUGGGAUGAAAUUCAUGUAAUCACAUAUUUGCCGUGUGUGAUUUGGCAGUGCCAGGAGCUCUGUCAUCUAAAACACUGCAUUUACUUUUACACGAGUAUGAAUAAACUCAUGAGGAACAAAAGACUGUCACAGAUGCAACCUGAUUAAGAACUGAUGAACAACUGCUGCAGUGUGAUCCUGUAACCUCUCUGUCAUUGUUCCUAUUAACAUGUGAGAAUGAUCAGUGAAAAUGCUUGUUUGCAAAACUCAGCAAGAGCAAGAAAAGAGUAAAACUUACAUGUGAAAAUCAUCAUCACAGCGUUUCUGGUUUUCAGCUCUUUUUUUUCUUAAGAGGAUAUUUGUGUAUUUAUCUUGUGUUUAUAUUUUGUGUAUUUUUUUGAAUGUCAAGCAGUCGUUUCAUCGUGACACUUCUUGCUACAAAAAUCAAGUACACAAUCAGGCUUCAUGUCCGUUUUCACACAGAAUAAAGUCCUGAAGUAUU